AUGUCCGUCGCUUCAAGGCGGAUUCGCGAUUCUCGCUCUCAACAUGUGUCAUCUCCAGUACCAUCCGCGACCCCUUUCGUGCCACAAGCACUUGAGCUUCCUCUCAGUGCAACGGCACAGACUGCCUUGUCUCAACUCUUCCAAACCCAUGCCAAAUCCACUAAACUCUCUGAUAACCUCACUCUUGCUAUCGAGCAAAUAACUCAAACCACUGGAGAUUUGAAUGACGUUGCGUACGAGAAGAGGAUCAGAUAUGACAAGGCCUCAUCCCGCCGGCGUGCGAAUGAAGAAGAUUCCGAUCAAGAGGAGCGGGAUGUACAUACUUCCUUUCAGAGCAAGGUUCAGGAGUUGACUAAAAAGAUGGAUUUGAGCAUUCGCUCUGUGAUUGACGAUCAGAUCUGGCUGGAAGAUUUCCCAGAUGCCGCAAAAACGGUUAUUGCAGCAAGCGAGGAACCAAGCAGUCAGCAUCGGGAACAGGAUAAUCAAAGCCCUACGCCAAUACAACCCACACAGCAUACGCAGGCCGGGCAAGGCGAGGAUCGAUCUCGAAUGGGAAACAGUGACGGGGACCCUGAGCACAACGCAAUCGACUCUCUCGAUACCUCUCAUUCCAACCAGAGAGUGACGCCUCAUGUUGUCCUACAAUCUCGCCUCCAAGACCAAUCUCGCGACUGGCAGUCUAAGUCUUUAACUGAGAGGUACGCAUCAAACAACGAGUACAGAGGCUGGAAGCGAAUAUGGUACGAUGCGAAUAAUCCUGGAGAGUCUGCACCACCAAUGCCAGACGGUAGCCUUUGGUUUGCUGCAGAAGAGGGGCGUGAAUUCGAAAUUGCAUCCCAGCGUGCUCCACACGCCGGUGAAGAUGGUGACUCCGACUCAGAUUUGGAAAUCGCUGCGGAAAAAGUCCGGUUGAAAUGUCCUAUAACUUUACUUCCAUACCAGAAUCCCGUCACCUCGGCAAAUUGUAACCACAGUUACGAACGAGAUGCAAUCCUCGAUAUGCUACGCACCAGCUCGGAUCAUGUUCCAUUCAAUACUGAACAACUAGCCGAAAUCAACCAACUCCGCAAGCAGCGUGAAAAGGACAGAAAGAGGCAAGAACUGGCAGCGCAGCAGGAAAAGCAGGUCAAAUGCCCGGAAUGUAGUGUUCCGCUCAGGAAAGGCGAUCUGAAACCAAACCCAGCCCUUCAGCGUCGGGUACAGCGGCAUUUGGCUGCGAAAGAAAGGGCGGAAGCAGCUACGAGUGACGUCGAUGGAAGCGAUGAGGACGGACUAGAUGAUGUGGUAAGAGGCACCCAGCGGCGACCCGUCGGAGUUGGCUCCAGCCCUCCAACCUCAGCGAGGCGCAGUUUCAAGAGCGUUAAAGCCGAAAAGAGGAAUUCAAUGGUGCCGCAGACACAACUCUCAACCAGUGAUACUCCGAGGGGUAUUGCAAGCAGAGGCAGGGUCUUGGACAUUGACGCUGAGGAUGAUGAUGAUGAUGAAGACGACGACGAAUGA